UUACUGUCUCUGCUUCCGCCUCCCUUGCUGCGGCCGAGCUCUGCUCUCCAAGGCUCCUUCCGGCUGGCUGCUGCCCCGGUGCGGAUACGGCAGAGGCAGGAGCGGCUCCCGUCCCUUCUUCUCCCCUCCUGAACUGUCGUCAAGUUCUCCUCCUCACGUUUGGCCUUUGCUCUCCCGCCGCCUCCAGCCAUGACUUCUCUGACCCAGCGCAGUUCCGGCCUGGUGCAGCGCAGGACUGAGGCUUCCCGCGGCGCUGCCGCCGAUAAGGAGCGGGGAGUGGGGGGAGGCCCAGAGGAUGAAGGCCGCCGGGACGAGCCCGGCGACGAUGAGAAGGGCGACUCCAAGGAAACGCGACUCACCCUCAUGGAAGAGGUGCUGCUCCUGGGCCUCAAGGACCGUGAGGGCUAUACAUCAUUCUGGAAUGAUUGCAUCUCCUCAGGAUUGCGUGGCUGUAUGUUAAUCGAAUUGGCAUUGCGAGGGCGUCUUCAGUUAGAGGCUUGUGGAAUGAGACGCAAAAGUCUAUUAACAAGAAAGGUGAUUUUCAAGUCAGAUGCUCCUACAGGGGAUGUUCUGCUUGAUGAAGCUCUGAAACACAUAAAAGAGACCCAACCUCCUGAAACAGUACAAAAUUGGAUUGAACUGCUUAGUGGUGAAACAUGGAACCCAUUGAAGUUGCACUACCAAUUGCGAAAUGUCCGUGAACGGUUAGCUAAGAAUCUAGUGGAAAAAGGUGUACUAACAACAGAGAAACAGAACUUCCUUCUUUUUGACAUGACUACGCACCCUCUCACCAACAACAAUAUCAAACAGCGCCUCAUCAAGAAGGUUCAAGAAGCAGUUCUUGACAAAUGGGUGAAUGACCCUCACCGCAUGGACAAGCGCUUGCUGGCUCUUGUUUAUUUAGCCCAUGCUUCAGAUGUUCUGGAGAACGCUUUUGCUCCCCUUUUGGAUGAGCAGUAUGAUUUAGCCACAAAGAGAGUGCGGCAGCUUCUGGAUUUAGACCCUGAGGUUGAAUGUAUGAAAGCCAACACAAAUGAGGUUCUGUGGGCUGUUGUAGCAGCUUUCACAAAGUAACUGCGUUCAGACUGAAGUGUUCGCUCUAAUUUCAUGUAAACCAGUUGUUUUUCUUCUGUUGACUAUUCAUGUUUUCUGUAAUUUGUACCUUCUCACAUGAUGAAUCAGCUCUUGUUUAAUGGGAAUUAUAAGUGGUGUGUUCCCUCCUUCUCUGUGUAUCUGUAUACAGGAUUCUGCUGGUACAAGAGACCUUCCUGUUUAAAAACAACAGAAAAAGGUUUUACUGCCAUAUUGGCAUUCUAUUUCCUAUUCAGUUUGAGUUAUCUGAAAUACUUCGUUUAAUCUAUUUUUCAUCUUACUGUUAUUGAAGUGGUUUAACAUGGAAAGUACCUCAAGGAGGAAAUGUGCAUGCAGUUGGAUCACUAGUCUCAGCUGACACAGAUGUGUGUAUGCAUUAAUACUUCUGCAGUACAAUUCACAACAGAUUGACAAAAGGCCUUUUAAAAUCACCAAAACUCCAUGUUGAAGUGUCUGUCAGGACAUUUUAUACACAGAUGUUGUUUCAAUUAUAUCUAACAAAAUGACUUUAAAAGCAGAAAUGCCGUUAAGCAGCUUUGUCGAUAGUUCCUGUAAAAUGCCCCAUAAAUUUUACUUUUCAUGCAAGUC